ACCCGCGGGUGAACGGGCUCCUUCCCCGCCGGGCCGGGCAGCACCGCCUUCGCUGACGUCAGCGCCGCCAACGGCGGGGGCUGUGGGUAGCGACGGGCUGCCAGCAGGCUGACGGUGAGCCGGCCAUGAGAGGCAGGCCGCAUAGGCCUCGGCUGUGGUGCGUCUGUCUGCUGCUCUGGGCCGCCCGCGAUGCAGCACACGGGUCGACGGUUCGGACCAACAGCACGAACACGACGGCGGCGGCGGCGACGGCGACGCAGGGAGAUAAGGCGAGGACGGACGGCGCCUACAACGCGGUGCCCAGCACCGAGCAGACCAUGAUGAUCCAGCGGGCGCUCUGCGUGCUGGUUGUGGUCACGGCCCUAGUCGUGGUCUACUUCGUGGUGAGGACCAUCAGGAUGAGGAGGAUUAACAGAAAAAACCGGAAGUAUGGAGUACUGAAAACAGAUCUAGAAAACAUGGAAAUGAGACCAUUAGAUCAGGAAGAUGAUGAAGAGGAUGAAACAUUAUUUGAUGUACAUCAUUCAAGAAGGUAGAUGAGAUGAAUCUUACUAUACGUUCUGCAAGAAAGCCAAACGUGCAUAGAAGUUUCCUGGCACCAUCUGCUUCCUGCUCUGAAGAACCAGCUGUAUAUCUGUAUGGUGUAUAGCUAUGUACUUUGUUAUUGUACAGUAGUUUUGUAGCCCUAAUACUUUAAUGAAAAUACACUAUUUUAAUAAGGUAAAAUAUAUUUCUGGUGUAAAUGAGAGUUGGUAAUUGUUUUUUUUAUUUUUAUUUAUCAAAAUUGGCAAUUAUCUUCAAAACUCUUUUCCAGUUCCCUUGUAUGUAUAUCAUUAUUCACUUUUUGAUUGAAGGAAUAUGAAAUAGAUUAAAAAAUCAUAUCUGUAUUUUCUGAUUCAAAUAUUGAUACUAUUUUUAAAAUUGGAAUCAGAGUGCCAAUAUAAUAAUUGCUUGGUUACAAAAUUUUUAAUAAUUGUCUGCUGUAAGAUUUUAAUAUCAAUUACUCUAUCUUGCAAUUCUUGCUAAUUAUACACUAAUUGUUAAAAUGUUGGAUUACAUUUUAAUAAUGUAGAUAUAGCAUGUCAGUAUAUUCUAUAAAGACACAAAGCUCAUAUUUUGUAAAAAGUAUGCAAUGCAAGGAAGUGUUUACAAAAUAUCUGAAAGAUCUUGAUUUUUUUUUCCCUUUUUCAAAAGGGAACUUGAAAGCUUAAGAUUGUUGCUUGUUGAUCAAUGUUUUUCAAUUCACUUAGGAUGCUUAUUUUUUUGGCAAAUGAUGGUGGUGUUUCUAGCUAAGUUAUUAAUUGAAUAAUAGCACUUUGGGAAUGUUUCAAAGUAAAAAUUAAAGGACCAUUUUUGUGUUAUAUUACUGCUAAUUAAUAGCAUGAUGAUUGAUGAUACAGAUGCCUUUGACUCAAAUAAAAGCCAGCAAUUUUGUAUCACCACA